CAUAUGUAUGGAGAAUUUCCUGUAGCGUCUUAUGAGCUUCGCGGCAGGUUGCGGACGGCGCCUGAAAGGAUCUUGUGGAUGAUGGACAGCGAGACGAGUCACUGUGUCAGCCACACAACGGGUUUAACUUACGCCGGUGCAAGGACAUCGUAUUGGACGGAAAAGUUGCCGCAUCGGACUAAUUACAAGACCAUUGAUGGUGCUUUUAUCCCCACGUGGUUUCCAAUAGUGCUGGGUCUCCUGUUCGAGAUGUUCAUCUCAUUGCUUCUCGUCAUCAGUGGCUUUUCCUUUGCGCGUUUUGCCACAUCGCGUUACGGUUGGGAAUUUCUGGUCUAUUUGGUGAGGUGCAUGGCGGAAACGCUUCAAAGCACCUAUUUGGGGAAGUGCUUCGCUGGAGCAGAUCGAUGCAUCGAGGCGUAUUUCGCAAAGCACUUUGGCGGUAAAACGGAUGACCACAGCACUGAACGGACCCGUCGCAGCAGUCCAGCGGUAAAGGAAGAUGCCCUUGAAAUCUUGGAAAGCAACAGCGCAUCUAUUAUUGAUGAUGAUGAUUCACAGUGCGAAUCAACUGAUGGCGACCUAUCGAACGCAGCGGACGAGGAACGCGGUGCUGGCGGGGAAUAUUCGUGCGCAUGUUCCCAGCUAGGCAAUCUGGUCCUGGACACUGCUAGCCGCAUAACCUGAUAACGCGUCCCAAGGGGAACCGCUAAUACUAACAACGCGCUGCCAGUCGCGUGUGGAUGCGUGGAUGCGCAUGACCGGCGCGUGCACCUGUUGUUCAUGCUGUUGCAUAACUAACUUUCAUU